AAUAGCUGCCAUUCUCCUUAAUUAAAAUAAUGAAACACGUAUCGCAGUAAUUAUUUAUAAAAUAUUUUAUGAUUACCCAAAACCCCAUCCACUUCUAAAAACAUUGCCACUGCCAGCUCAUUUUUGGAGUAAAAAAAACACUUUAUUCAGGUAUGCACUGCUCACUCUGGAAGACAGAAGAGGUAUCGCCGUUAAUCCCUCAAUUUAAUGCACCUCUUCUCCUAAACUCCCACGCUUUUUUUUCCCCCUUGAAGAUAUAAAACAAAAACGAAGAAAAAGCAUAGAAAUAAGAGAAAACUGCCGGUGAGAGAGAGAAGCAGCUCGAAGAAUUGAAUCGCCAUGCUUUUUGUUUGACUCGAUAAAAGAUCCUGGGACGGAAUCUUUGAUCCAGCUUGUAACCGGAUAUUAUAUUCCUUCUCAAGUUUGAGGUGACGCUUCGUCGAUGUUUUUAGAGAAAUCAGCUCUGACUUUUGUUACGCAAUGCAGUUAGAGAGGCCUAACCGAAGAACCGAAGCUCUUACUGAUUUAUUUUGUUGAAGCUUCUAGCUUAGAACAGAAGCAGGUUUUAGAUUUUAUUGAGAGGAAAGGAUGGCAUCUGCGUGGGAACAUUUUGGAGAAGUUGCAAAUGUAGCCCAGCUCGCUGGGUUUGAUGCAGUGCGGUUAAUAGCUAUGAUAGGUAAAGCUGCAAGCACAGCCCGAAUGCACAAGAAGAAUUGCAGGCAAUUCGCGCUGCAUCUCAAGUUGAUCGGUAACUUGCUGGAGCAGCUUAAGAUCUCGGAGCUUAAGAGGUAUCCGGAGACGCGUGAGCCAUUGGAGCAACUUGAGGAUGCAUUAAGGAGGGCUUACAUUUUGGUCAAUAGUUGUCAGGAUAGGAGCUAUCUGUAUCUCCUGGCCAUGGGAUGGAACAUCGUGUAUCAGUUUAGGAAGGCCCAGAAUGAAAUCGACCAGUAUUUGAAGAUUGUUCCUCUUAUCACGCUGGUGGAUAAUUCUCGAGUCAGGGAGAGACUAGAAGUUAUAGAGAAAGAUCAACAUGAAUACACAUUGGAUGAAGAGGACCGAAGGGUGCAAGAUGUUAUACUGAAACCAGAACCGUCAACAAACGAUGCCAUAAUAUUGAAAAAAACUCUUUCUUGCUCAUAUCCAAAUUUGUGUUUUAAUGAAGCACUUCUAAAGGAAAAUGAAAAGCUCCAAGUGGAAUUACAACGAUCUCAAUCUAAUUAUGAUGUGCAGCAGUGUGAAGUAAUCCAGCAUUUGCUUGAGGUAACAGAAGUUGCUGCUGCAACUUCGGCUCCAGAUAAGAGGUCGAAGAAAGUAGAGCGUAAUUACUCAGAUGCCAAUAGUGAGAAAGGUCAUUCAUAUGAUGAAAUCUCUCCUAAGAAACCUGGUUCAGGCAUAACUUCAAGAAACACAUCUUCAGUUUCAUCAGGACGUGAUCUGCUCUCUGAUAGAGGUUUGGAUCGAUAUGACGAAUGGCAUGCUGAUUUGCUUGGUUGUUGCUCAGAACCAUAUUUGUGUAUAAAGACAUUCUUCUGUCCUUGUGGUACGCUUUCAAAGAUUGCUACUGUGGCAACAAACAGGCACAUGUCUUCUGCAGAAGCAUGCAAUGAAUUGAUGGCAUAUUCAUUGAUAUUGUCAUGCUGUUGCUACACAUGCUGUGUUAGAAGGAAGCUUCGCAAGGCAUUAAACAUCACGGGUGGAUUUAUUGAUGAUUUCCUCUCACAUUUGAUGUGCUGCUGUUGCGCCCUUGUUCAAGAAUGGCGAGAAGUAGAGAUACGUGGGUUUAAUGGUAUGUCCAGUAUAUGCCAAUUGCCAAGAACCUCGUGAUCUGGUUUGAAAUCUCAGUUUUCUUCUAAGUAUUCAUCGGGUCAGAGAAGACUAAAACAAGCCCGCCACCAUCACAAUUUAUGGAAUCAUGAGUAACAGGACAGGAUAGGAUUCAAAGCUUUUCCCUUCUUUUUUUUUUUUUGGAGGUUUAAUAUAUAGAGCGUAACCCUCCUUAGUGGCCUCUGUGAAAUUAAAACUGUACUAAGAAUAUGGCGCCCUUUGCUUUUGAACCUAUAGAUAUGUAAAUUAGUCCAAUUAUUUGAGGAGAUUCAUUCACCUCAUGUUGUAUUAUACACUAAUUUUUAGCUGUAUAGUAGUUUUGGAUUUAGUUUAUUAAA